CGGGGUUGCCCCUCCAGUGCACGACUAGGAUAGCCUACAUUUUCGCGAAGCUGAUUUCCUGAGAAGUCUGCUGGAUCAUCAAAUCUGAUCAUUUGUGCGGGGUUUGCCUUGGCUUUUCCGUAAGCCUAGCCUACUCCGGUGGCUGCAUUGUAGCAGGUCAAAGGGUAACACGUAUUUAGUGAUGUAUUAAAAUUAGUUCGGCGGCUCUCCCCAGUUCAACUGCCUUGUUUUCGUGCUGCAGCUGGAUUAGGAAAUGUCUGGUUGAAGAAUUCCUGACCAAAAAAGGCACCCCGUUUGUAAUGAUUGAUUAGAGAAACAACAAUGGCAUCGAAGGCUCAGGUUUUGUAUGACUUCACUGCUGAACCAGGAAAUAACGAGCUGUCUGUGAGGGAGGGGGAGACCCUUACUGUCACCAACCAGAGCAUUGGAGGAGGAUGGAUCGAAGUACAGAACUCCAAAGGAGAGGUGGGCCUGGUCCCAGAGGACUACAUUGAGAUCGGUAAGCCAGGAGGAGGGGGAGGACCACCAGCACUGGAUCUGUCCUUCUUUGACUCACAGCCCGCCGCAGCCACCAGCACAACCACACACAGCCAGGCGAGCAAUGGAAAUGACCCGUGGGCAGCGUUCUCCACUAAUGCCAACGCGGGGUUCUCCACUAAUGCCAACGCGGGGUUCUCCAACAACUGGGCGGCCCAGCCACAGGGCACAGAGACGGGCAGGACCAGCACACACGACCCCUGGGGCUCUGCAGCCCCACCCCACCCACAGGCCUACCAGGGCCCAGACAUAUACCCAUAUCCCUACCUCAUUGACACAGGAGCAGAUGAUGACGAGUGGGAUGAUGAGUGGGAUGACAAGUCGACAGGUGGCUACGGCGAAUCAGAGGGAGGGGAGGGCGGGGCCAUCAACAGAGGAGGGGCCACUGGAACCUCCAUGAAAAUCAAACAGCAAACUGUGAAGAACCAGACCCUUUGGUUCCCUAGCUUCUCUAAGUCUGGCCCUGAGCUGUAUCUUCUCUCCAAACCUGCACCCAAAGGCAAGGACAGACUGCUAAUCUACAUGGGAGAGGUUGGUCCCAUCUGGUCGUACCCCGAGGCUGCGCUGGACUGUGUUGUUGCAGACCCUAAGAAAGGCACCAAGAUGUACGGCCUUAAGAGCUACAUCGAGUACCAGGUCUCCCCCAAUACCACCAACAGACCUGUCAAUCACAGAUACAAGCAUUUCGAUUGGCUGUAUGAGAGGCUUCUGGAUAAGUUUGGUUCAGCAGUCCCCAUCCCAUCUCUCCCUGAUAAACAGGUGACAGGGCGUUUUGAGGAGGAGUUUAUUAAGAUGCGGAUGGAGAGGCUGCAGGGCUGGAUGACGCGCAUGUGCCGACACCCCGUCAUCGCCACCAGCGAGGUCUUCCAGCUCUUCCUGUCCUACAAGGACGAGAAGGACUGGAAGAUGGGGAAGAGGAAAGCAGAGAAGGACGAGGCGGUGGGCGCCAUGAUCUUCUCCACCAUCGACCCCGAGGGUCUGCCUGAUCUGGACCCUAUUGAUGUAGAACAUAAGUGUGAGCAGUUUAGCAGGUUUACUAGGGCGAUGGAUGAUGGUGUGAAAGACCUACUGACAGUUGGACAGGAGCACUGGAAGAGAUGUACAGGACCCCUGCCUAAAGAGUACCAGCGGAUUGGAAAGGCCUUCCAGAACCUCUCAUCAGUCUUCAACAGCAGUGGAUAUGAAGGGGAGGCCACUCUGACUGAUGCGCUGACACAAGCAGGGAAGACCUAUGAGGAUAUUGCUCUGAUGGUGGCCGAGCAGCCCAAAAAAGACCUGCACUAUCUCAUGGAGACCAACAACGAGUACAAGGGACUUCUGGGAUGCUUCCCCGACACCAUCGGAGUCCACAAGUCUGCCAUAGAGAAAGUGAAAGAAGGGGACAAACUGGUGGCCACCAGUAAAAUCACACCUGGCGACAAGAUCACCAUGGCCAAGAGAGCAAGCACCAUGUCAUACGCAUUACAAGCUGAGAUGAAUCAUUUCCACAGCAACCGUAUCUAUGACUACAACCGUGUGAUGAGGUUGUACCUGGAGGAGCAGGUGAAGUUCUAUGAAACGAUCGCUGAGAAGCUGAAGCAUGCGCACAGCCAGUUUACCGCCAUGUGAGAGAGAUCACUGAAGCCAACCGACCACAGCACUAAACAUGUCUCUUCGCCAUCAUGUCUCUUCUCUCUCUCUCUCUCUCUCUCUCUCUCUCUCUCCCUCUCCCUCUCUCUCUCUGCUCUCUUCCAUCUGCAUCUCUCCCUCCGCCUCUCUCAGUGGCGCCAAAUCAGGUUUUUUAUACACACACACACACUUGACCCUUGGCUCUUAGGAUGCCGUGAGUGAGUGGUGUGUGUGUGUGUGUUGGGUGGGAGCGCGCGCAGUGACCAAUGAAAGUAGCUACUGCAGGACCACAAGCCAAUAAGCCAAUGAGCAUGAGUCCCCCUGAAGCCAGCAGCACUCACUCAGGAUCUGUUCAGGGGCGCUGUGGUCACCUGUGGUCACUCUCCUGCAGUAGCUUGCGGCCAUGGCUCUGUUAGAGGGAACGGUAUAGUGUGAUUCAGGGCAAAGGCGCCACCUGCUGCCCGCCCACUCAAACCAGAGCUAGCCAAUCACCUGCUGCCCGCCCACUCAAACCAGAGCUAGCCAAUCACCUGCUGCCCGCCCACUCAAACCAGAGCUAGCCAAUCACCUGCUGCCCGCCCACUCAAACCAGAGCUAGCCAAUCACCUCGUCUUCUCUUUCACCCUCAGCUAAUGAGAUGAUGCCACACCCUUUAGGUCCAGGACCUGCGCUAGCCAAUCCCCUGCUCUGGUUUACGCUCAGCCAAUGAGACUCUCAGAUGGAUGGUCCUACUGAGAAGUGUGUGUGUGUGUGUGUGUGUGUGUGUGUGUGUGUGUGUGUGUGUGUGUGUGUGUGUGUGUGUGUGUGUGUGGAGGCUGAGACCUCUCACUCAGUGCCUUUGCUGAUUCUUUCACCGCCGCACUUUAAUGCUUCUUCUUUUUAAUUUAAUUAAAACACUUUAAUUAAGCGUUUCUGUCCAUGCACAGCCAUACCAAUACUGACACACACAUAUGAACACAGAGCUAUGACAUGCAGCACACACACACACACACACAUACACACACAUAUGAACACAGAGUAUGACAUGCAGCACA